AUGCCUCUUUCCAAUGGAGACGGCCGCAACGGCAACGCGGUGAAGACCCUGGGCGGCAGGACGGAGUUCGUCGACUGCUCCAAGGCCCUGGACCUCCUGAAAACGGAGUACACGUCUGGGGAUGGACUGGAUAUCAAGGAUCUGCUUGACUCGAACAAGCGCGGGGCCCUGACCUACAACGACUUCCUGGUGCUUCCUGGAUACAUCGGAUUCCCCGCAUCCGAGGUGACUCUGCAGUCGCCUGUUACCAAGCGCAUCUCUUUGAAUGUGCCUCUGCUCUCCUCGCCUAUGGAUACCGUCACGGAGCACUCCAUGGCAAUCCAUAUGGCUCUCCUGGGUGGUCUCGGAGUCAUUCACCACAAUUGCUCUGCUGAAGAGCAGGCUGAGAUGGUCAGGAAGGUGAAACGGUAUGAGAACGGGUUUAUCCUCGACCCAGUCGUUAUCUCUCCCAAGACCACAGUCGCAGAGGCCAAGGACUUGAAGCAGAAGUGGGGAUUCGGUGGAUUUCCCGUAACUGAAAAUGGCGACCUCCGCUCUAAGCUGGUUGGUAUUGUCACCAGCAGGGACAUCCAAUUCCACCCUGAGUUGAAUGACCCAGUUACCGCUGUCAUGUCCACCGAUCUCGUCACAGCUCCAUCAGGCACCACCUUGGCGGAAGCCAACGAGGUCCUGCGUGCCUCCAAGAAGGGCAAGCUCCCGAUCGUCGACGAGCAAGGAAACAUCGUCUCCCUCCUCUCUCGCUCCGAUCUUAUGAAAAACCUCCACUACCCAUUGGCCUCCAAGCUCCCUGACUCAAAGCAGCUUAUCUGCGCUGCUUCCAUCGGCACUCGCCCCGCGGACAAGGACAGACUCCAAAAGCUAGUCGAGGCCGGUCUUGACCUCGUCGUUCUCGACAGCAGCCAGGGUAACAGCAUUUACCAGAUCGAAAUGAUCAAACACGUCAAGGCCACCCACCCCGGAAUCGACGUUAUCGCCGGUAACGUCGUCACUCGCGAACAGGCCGCAUCCCUCAUUGCAGCCGGUGCCGAUGGCCUGAGAAUCGGCAUGGGCAGCGGUAGCGCUUGCAUCACCCAGGAAGUCAUGGCCGUCGGCAGACCACAAGCCGCCGCCGUCCACAGCGUAACUGAAUUAGCUUCCCGCUUUGGUGUUCCCUGUAUUGCCGAUGGUGGUGUCCAGAACGUAGGCCACAUCGUCAAGGCCCUUGCCAUGGGUGCCUCCACCGUCAUGAUGGGCGGCCUUCUUGCCGGUACCACCGAGUCUCCAGGCCAGUACUUCGUCAGCCGCGAAGGACAGCUCGUCAAGGCCUACCGUGGUAUGGGCAGCAUCGACGCCAUGGAAGAAAAGAAAGCCGGCGCCGGUUCAGGCGGCAGCAAGAGCACUGCCGGCACAGCGAGAUACUUCUCUGAGAAAGACAGUCUGCUCGUUGCCCAGGGUGUGUCUGGCUCCGUCCUCGACCGUGGCUCCAUCACCAAGUUCGUUCCAUAUCUUAUUGCCGGUGUCCAGCACUCGUUCCAGGAUAUGGGCGUCAAGAGCUUGGAGGCCCUCCAUGAAGGUGUUGCUAAGGGAACUGUUCGCUUCGAGGUACGAACUACCAGUGCCCAGGCUGAAGGAAACGUCCACGGCCUGCACACCUACGAUAAGAAGCUUUACUCUUAA